UGCUUUGCUCUGUCUUGCCCCCUCCGUGCGUAUAACUCAAAAGAACCAGGCUAAGAGUAUCAUCAACACUGGGAGAGCAGCCUCUCCAAAUAUACUCUACCUCUCCUCUUUUUUGGGCUUUUCACCAUUAAAAAAAAGGAAAAGGCCUCCAUUCCUACCUCUCUCUGAGUUAUUUCAUUGAAGCUCACUCAACGUUCUCCAUUGAAUAGCUCUCCGAUGAAUCCUGCAUCCCCCAUUGAAGCAGCUUCUAAGGGCAAGCGCAAGGGUAAACACGACAAGGACAAGCCAUGGGAUGACCCCAGUAUUGACCAUUGGAAAAUUGAAAAAUUCGACCCUUCUUGGAACGAAUCCGGCUUGCUCGAUGUCAGCUCUUUCUCUACUAUUUUCCCCCAAUAUCGAGAAAAAUACCUGCAAGAUGUUUGGCCAACAGUAAAGGCUGCAUUGCGUGAGCAUGGUAUUUCAUGUGAGCUUAAUUUGGUUGAAGGUACCAUGACUGUUUCAACAACUAGAAAGACAAGAGAUCCAUACAUUAUAGUGAAAUCAAGGGACCUUAUUAAACUUUUGUCAAGAAGUGUUCCGGCACCUCAGGCAAUCAAGAUACUCGAUGACGAAAUGCAAUGUGACAUUAUCAAGAUUGGUAAUCUUGUGAGAAAUAAGGCACGCUUUGUCAAAAGGAGACAACAUCUUCUAGGUCCCAAUAAUUCUACCUUGAAGGCACUUGAAAUCUUAACAGGCUGCUACAUCCUUGUUCAGGGAAACACAGUUGCAGCCAUGGGAUCUUUUAAAGGAUUGAAACAAGUGCGGAGAAUUGUAGAAGACUGCAUACAGAAUAAAAUGCAUCCAAUAUAUCACAUCAAGAUUCUCAUGAUGAAGAGGGAACUUGCCAAGGAUCCCGCCCUUGCAACUGAGAACUGGGAAAGGUUUCUGCCACAGUUCAAGAAGAAGAAUGUUCAGAAAAAGAAAGGCAAGGGUAAGGAGAAGAAACCUUAUACGCCAUUCCCCCCUCCACAGCAGCCUAGUAAGAUUGACCAACAACUGGAAACUGGAGAGUACUUCUGGAGUGAGGAAAAGAAGUCAACAAAGAUGCGGCAAGAGAAGGAGGAGAAGCAGGCCGAGAAGACAGCUGAAAACAAACGAAAAAGAGAAGCUGCAUUUAUUCCACCUGAGGAACUUGUGAUGCAAGGGCAUAAUAGUGCAACAGAUAGUAAAGGUGAUGUCAGUUCCAUGGCACUAUCAUUGAAGCAAAAAUCAAAAGAAUUUAAAAAGCAGAAAUCAUCUGCCAACCAUGUGGAUCCUCAAGCAUAUAUCGCUGAAGCACCUGCAAAGAAGAUCAAAAGCUUCAAAUCUUGACCCCUCAAGCAUAUAUCGCUGAAGCAUGGGCAAAGAUGAUCAAAAGCUCCAAAUCUCAACCCCUCAAGCAUAUAUUGCUGAAGCACCGGCAAAGAAGAAGAUCAAAAGCUCCAAAUCUUGACUGAAGAAUCUUGGACUUGCCAACUUGCUGUAUCAUCAUAAUUUUCAACAAUCCAUAUUUGCCAAUUUUGAUGUUAGUGAAACUGAUUCCAUUAGGUUGAUAUGGAUUUCUAUUACCAUGAAGUUCAACAUAAUUUUCUUGUAAGCUAAUGUGUCUCAAAGCUUUGGGUUCAAUUUUGGUUGAUUUUUUGGUCCUAAGAGUAUCAUUUGUGAGACUUACAAAAAUAACGUAUAAAAUUCCUUUGUUGUAAAUAAUAAGAAAUAGAGCCAAUAUUAUUAAAA